AGGUCUUUGUCAAUACAGAGAAAUCUGUUCCUCAUAUGAGCAACACCUCUGGGGCCAGCAGGCUGGCAUAGAAUCAGGACCAUGUCCAUGGUUCUUCCCUCCAUGCUCUGUCUUGGUGAGUCUGGGAGAGAAGGGCCCAGCUAUAAAUACAAGGCUACAGGGGACAGGUCCAUCGGUUCUAGGAGGCUGAGCUGUCUCACCCGUUGUUUCCUUCCAGGGUUGUGUCUAGGCCAGAGCACUCAGGCGCAGAAAGGAACUCUCCCACCACCUCUUCUCACAGCUGUACCAGGAACUAUGGUUCCACGUGGGACUCCUGUAAUGAUCCUGUGCCGAGGGCCUGCAGAAGCUGAAGCAUACGUGCUGUCUAGAGUGAGAAGCCCUGAGCCCUUGGAUAGUGAGAAACAACUGCUGUCCAAGAAGACAAACACUUGGAGUAUCACAGGGAUGACGCCAUACUGGGCAGGAUUGUACCACUGUUCCUAUCAGAGUGGAGGCAGCUGGUCCCAGUUCAGUGACCCCCUGCAGCUGGUGAUGACUAGAGCUUAUGACAAACCCUCCCUCUCAAGCAUGACUGGUAUCAUGGCACCUUCAGGGGAGAAUGUGAAGUUGCGGUGUUUCUCAACACUCAAGUUUGAUGCAUUUAUUCUUAUGAAGAAAGAUGGAGUUCACAUCAUCCAGAACCAAAUAUCCACCCCUGAGGGUGGUGGACACCAGGCUGUGUUCCUUUUGAAUCAAGUCUCCUCCACACAAACUGGGACCUACAGAUGCUAUGGUGUCUUCAGUCGUCACCCCUAUGUGUGGUCUCACCCCAGCGACCGAUUACAGCUUUGGGUCACAGAAGCUUCUGACGAUCCCGGUCCCACGAACCCCGGACCUUCGCCUGAAUUCCCUGAUGAGAUCACCACACUGCCCACUAUGACAGGAGGAAUGAAAGGGCUGUGUCUACGCCAGAGCACUCAGGAACAGAAGGGAUCUCUCCCCCCACCUCAUAUCACAGCUCUGCCUGGAUCCAUGGUUGGAUCUAAGAAUCCUGUGACCAUCCUGUGCCGAGGGCCUGCAGAAGCUGAAGUGUACAUGAUAACUAAAGUGGGAAUCCCCGAGCCCUCGGACAGAGAGAAACAGCUGAUGUCUAAGAUGACCAACAGCUUUAGUAUCACAGACAUGACACCAGACAGGGCAGGGCUGUACCACUGUUCCUAUCAGAGUGGAGGCAGCUGGUCCCAGUUCAGUGACCCCCUGCCGCUGGUGAUGACCGGAGCUUAUGACAAACCCUCUCUCUCAAGCAUGACUGGUUCUGUGGUGGCUUCAGGGGAGAAUGUGAAGUUGCAAUGUUUCUCAACACUCAAGUUUGAUGCAUUUAUUCUUAUCAAAGAAGAUGGAUAUCGAACCAUCCAGAACCAAAUCUCCACCCACCAGGGGUAUAAACACGAGGCUUUCUUCUUCUUGUAUCAAGUCUCCUUCACACAAACUGGGACCUACAGAUGCUACGGAGUCUUCAGCCGUUACCCCCAUGUGUGGUCUCACCCAAGUGACAGAUUGCAGCUUCAGGUCAGAGCCCCAUUAGCAGAAGCUUCUGACGAUCCUGAUCCCACGAACCCUGAACCUUCACCUGAGCCUGCUGCUUGGUAUCCUUCUGCAGAGAAUCAAGUCCGGCUGAGCCUGGCUGGCCUCAUUCUCUUGGUCCUGGGGAUGCUCUUGGCUGAGGCCUGGUACAGCCGGAACAUGCCCUUCAAUGGACACAGACAACCUCCAGGAGCUCAGUACAUCUGACCAUAGAGCAGGGCUGUUCUUGCACUUGUGUGCUAACUCCUGGGGGAGACGUGGGGAUGAGAUACUUAACACUCUUUAGAAUUUAGGACAGGACAUGAUUUAAACAGAGAGACAUGCCCAUAAAGCUUACUUACGUAUAAGGUAAAGUAUAAAUUCCUAAGAUCGCUGGUAUUUGGAGGGGGAAACAUUAGUCUAAGGAUAGAAAUACUGAUUUUUUUUUCAAUAUCCUUUUUCUUGAUUUAAUGUUUAUCGAAAGCUAAUGUAAAAUUAUGAGCAUUUAUGGUGCUUUGUUUGUUUCAGGAUUGAAGGUACACAGAUGUGUGUGAUGUUAGCCAUUGUUCCUAUAUUGGGUUUGUUUUGGGGUUUUUUCUGAAAAGGAAACAUCUUUUAAAAUAUGAGACUAAACAACAGACUCACAGAGUAGUUUACUCUGACUCCAGUUACAUUGGAGUUGAUGAAGUCAUUCUGGAACUUCUAGCUCCAGUCUACUGAAGUAAAUAAUCAAUGUCCUCAGACUUCAACCAGGUGGAUACCGUGCUCUGCAGACACAUGGAGAUACAAAGUUCCAUCACUUGCCCUUUGGUCUCACCUCUGCCCCAUGAUUACACUCGCUAAGAGCUCUCUGCUACUGGCUGCUGUUCCCUUACUAAAUUUCCCUUGUUGGGGAGUCAUCUCAUCUUCUUUGCAACCACUCUAUUCUGCUGUUGUGUCACGAAAACUACUGUAGAUGACACAUGGGCCUGGCUGUGUUCCAAUAAAAUUUGUUUACAAACACUAAA